AUGCUCGCAGCAUCCGCAUCUUUGCUCAAUAUCGACGUCGUCAUUCUCGAUGUUGGGGAUAGCAGCCCUGCGAAACAAAUCCUCGCCCGUGCCUCAUCCGACCAUGCGCACGUUGACGGCUCGUUCACGGACCCAGAAAAAAUACAGGAGUUGGCGUCAAAAGUGGAUGUCCUGACGGUGGAAAUAGAGCACGUCAAUGCAGACGUGCUCGAGGAGGUGCAGAAGUCGCGUAAUGUCGAGGUUCAUCCCAGUCCUUCGACUAUCCGCAUCAUCCAGGACAAAUAUCGUCAGAAAGAGCACCUCCAAGCUCACGGAUCCCCCGUCGCUCAAUCAAUUUCGGUCGAAUCCCAAAUAGAGUCUGUUCACUCAGCGGCAAAAUCCCUUGGCCUUCCCUUGAUGUUAAAGAGCAAGACCUUGGCGUACGAUGGUCGCGGCAACUUCGUUCUUCGUGAGCUAUCACAGGCGCAGGAGGCGAUCACCUUCCUCGGCGACCGACCACUCUACGCCGAAAAAUGGGUACCUUUUGUGAAGGAGCUUGCCGUCAUGGUGGUACGGGCUGUUUCUGGCGAUGUUCAAUCGUACCCUGUUGUCGAGACAGUUCACAAGGACAACGUCUGCCAUCUUGUCUUUGCUCCCCUUCGCAGUCGGGACGCAAACCUUUCCUUGCGUGCUCGUACCGUUGCAGAGAAUGCUGUCAGGUCACUGAGCGGAGCGGGCGUCUUUGGUGUUGAGAUGUUCCUCCUAGACGAUGGGGAAUUGAUCGUCAACGAGAUCGCUCCCAGACCACACAAUUCUGGGCAUUAUACAAUCGAGGCAUGCGAGACUUCCCAAUAUGAGAACCACCUCCGCAGCAUCCUGUCCCUUCCGUUAGGAUCAACCGCCCUCAAGGUCCCUUCGGCAGCUAUGCUCAAUCUUCUGGGCGCGUCCUCAUCGAUGUCAGAACUCACCUCCUUCGCUGCCCAAGCCCUCACUAUCCCGGGUGCGAGUGUCCAUCUAUACGGCAAAUCCGAAUGCCGAAAAGGGCGGAAGAUGGGCCACAUCACCAUCGUCGCAAAUUCGGAUGCGCAAUUGCGUGAACGCCUGCGCCCACUUCUCGAACAGCUUCCAGGCGGGAGCUCUGCCGCUGAACUCGAGCGCUAUGCGCCCGUCGUGCCCGAGCCAGGAUCGGGCUUCGCGCACAAGCACCCGCUUGUCGGGAUCAUCAUGGGCUCUGACUCGGACCUCCCUGUGAUGCUUCCCGCCGCGCGCAUUCUCGACAAAUUCGGUGUGCCGUACGAGUUGACGAUCGUUUCCGCACACCGGACUCCAGACCGACUGGUGGAAUACUCACGCUCUGCGGCGGCGCGGGGGCUGCGGACUAUCGUAACCGGCGCGGGUGGAGCGGCGCAUCUACCUGGGAUGGUAGCAGCAAUGACGGCACUCCCUGUGAUCGGAGUUCCUGUCAAGGGCAGCUCACUGGACGGCGUGGAUUCGCUGCAUAGCAUAGUGCAGAUGCCUAGAGGUAUACCUGUUGCAACCGUAGCCAUCAAUAAUGGCACAAAUGCUGGUUUGCUUGCCGUUCGCAUCUUGUCCGCGGGAAUCCCACACCUCGUGAAUGACAUGGAGAAAUAUCUAUUGUCGUUGGAGAAGGAGGUAUUAGGAAAGGUGGACACCCUGGAAACCGUGGGUUGGGAAAGAUAUGAGGUCAGGAGAAGCUAG